AGCAAACAAGGAAAACCAAAUCAUCACAAGGACAGGAAUCUUCUUCGCAAGCAAAAACUAUUCAACCCUAAACCUUCUGAAAGUGGAAUUAGCGAUUGUGACAUUUGCACCGCCUUCUCUCUCUCUAUCUCUAAAUAUUCUUAUAUCAAUGUCAUGUUUCAAGCAGAAAGGUUUCCUCCACAGUAAUAUUUAGAGAAUCUGAGGACCACCACCAUUCUAUUGUAGCUCCAACGAUUCGUACCUAUUUUUCAGCUUCACCUUUACCCUUCUGAACAUUACUGCUUUCAGAGAUGGAAGUGCAAAAUUCUGGGCAUGCGCAUAUAAUUGAAGUAUCUGGAGAUGUGCCAGCUAUAGAGACAAGCCUGGGUGUGAGAAAGAUUUGUGGGGAAGGACCUUGUGGAUUUUCAGAUGCUAAAACCAGUUCCAAAGAUGCACAGGAACGGUCGGCAUCCAUGCGGAAGCUUUUGAUAGCAGUUAUACUUUGUGUUAUUUUCAUGAGUGUGGAAGUUGUUGGGGGUAUUAAAUCCAACAGUCUUGCAAUUCUGACUGAUGCUGCUCAUCUAUUGUCAGAUGUUGCAGCAUUUGCAAUAUCUCUGUUUUCGCUUUGGGCAUCAGGAUGGGAGGCAACACCUCGUCAGUCUUAUGGCUUCUUCAGGAUUGAAAUCCUAGGUGCUCUUGUUUCCAUCCAGAUGAUUUGGCUUCUUGCUGGGAUCCUUGUUUAUGAAGCCAUUAAUAGACUUGUCAACGAGACUGGUGAAGUUAAGGGCUCUCUCAUGUUUGUUGUUUCUGCAUUUGGUUUAGUGGUUAACAUUGCCAUGGCACUCUUAUUGGGUCAUAAUCAUGGGCAUGGGCAUGGACAUGGACAUGGUCAUGGGCACGGUGAUCAUCAUCACAGUAAUGAGGAUCAUGAUGGUACACAUAGCCAUGGGAUUACUGUGACGACACACCCUCACCAUCAUGUGGUGCACUCCAAUCAUGAUCACACGGAACCUCUGCUCAAGCCUGGCUGUGAAGGCGAAAAGAAACCAGAAGUUAAAAAGACGAAGCAACAAAAUAUCAACGUGCAGGGGGCUUAUCUUCAUGUACUUGGGGAUUCCAUUCAGAGUAUUGGAGUGAUGAUUGGUGGAGGAAUUAUAUGGUACAAGCCUGAGUGGAAGAUUAUUGAUCUGAUAUGCACCCUUGUAUUUUCAUUGAUUGUGCUGGCGACAACAAUCAGGAUGCUGCGAAAUAUUUUGGAGGUUCUGAUGGAGAGCACUCCUAGAGAGAUUGAUGCCACAAAGCUUGAGAAAGGCCUCUGUGAGAUGGAUGAGGUAGUUGCCAUUCACGAACUGCACAUAUGGGCCAUAACUGUUGGCAAGGUGUUAAUGGCUUGCCAUGUUAUCGUGAAGUCGGAUGCUAAUGCUGACAUGGUACUUGAAAAGGUUAUAGACUAUAUCAAGAGAGAAUAUAAUAUCAGUCAUAUAACCAUUCAGAUAGAGCGUCAGUAGAUUUGGAGGGAGAUAAUCUUUCAUAGCUUGAGUGUUGGAAUUAGGUGGGUUCGGCAUUUUUAAGACUUAAAUUCUUUUCCACAGUUGAUAGAUCGUAUCUACUGUCUCUUUGGUUUUGCUCUUAUAUAUUUCUUUCUUAUUAAAAAAAUACUUGUAUUUUGAAGGGA